GCCGCCAUGGCUUCAGCGGCGCGCGUGCGCCCAUCUUCCCCGCAUCCCGGCUGUCUUGGAGGAAAUUUCGCGCGCGCUCCGGGAGUGUUCAUCCGCAUCCCGGCCGGCCAAGGUCGCGACUGCUCAGCGCGUUCGCCGCCCGGACGUGUUCGACGAAAUGCCCCGCCGGAGAAUCUGCGAUGCGGGGUCCACGCGCGGCUGGGGUGGUGGCCUUUGCGCAGCCAUCAACGUAAAGUCGGCGAUCUCCAUCGCACCAUCCCGUCGGCGUCGAGUGGUGGAGGACUCAUGUCGUGGCCUCAUCCUGCCCGCGGGCCUUGGUGCGGCUCACCCUCCCUGCUACGCAGCACGCCGCUAUGUCAUGCUCAUCAGUAAAAAGGAGUUUAUUGCAGUCAGUGCAGCUAUGGACCAAAGAAUUCACGCAAGGGCUUCCAUAGUUCCACGGCUGUGCGGACCCCGUCUCGAGCUUCCAUGAGGGGCCUGUGCAUCAGUUGAAGGGGUCCUGGUGUUACUUGUCUGCCUUUGCUCCCGCCCUUGCUGUGCUGCCUCAGGUGUGCCGGGAAGAGAUGUCAGGGUUGCUUGGCACGGUUGUUGAUGCAGCAAUAGGAUGGCUGGUGCAAAGCAUCCUUGGGAGCCUGUUCACUGGACAGAUGGAAGCCUGGACUCGUGAAAUCGGGCUUGCUGAAGAUGUGGACAAGCUCAAACUUGAGAUGAAGUAUGUGCAGAUGGUUCUUGCUGCUGCCAAGGGUAGGAGGAUCGACAACAAGCCUCUGUCCCAGUCACUGGAAGAUCUCAGAGAUCUGCUUUAUGACUCAGAGGAUGUGAUGGAUGAGCUCGACUACUACCGACUCCAGCAACAGAUCGAACAAGGGAAAGGUUGUAGUGCUCCCACUGAUGUUAAUCCUGAGGCAAGCUGUAUGUCCUCAUCCACUCCAUCUUCUGCUUUUGAAUUCAUAUACAAAGCAGCAAGCCAAAUAACUAGACCCCUGAGUUGGGCCUUGUGCGGCAGAAAAAGGAAACGUGAAGAGGAAGAGCCAGGUUAUAGCACCAUGCUGCCUGUUGAGAUUAAACAUGACAUUUCUAAGAGGAUCAAUGUAAUAGUGGAUGAAUUGUGCACUAUUGGAAAUCUUGUGCAGAGAGUUCUCCAGGUUGAUACCUCAUGCCCCAUUGCAACAUCAAGUGGGAGUCAAAAUACUGCCAGGAAUCCUCGCAUGACAACUUCUGUUCCAAUUGAAUCUAAAGUGUACGGAAGGGAUGCAGAGAGAGACAAGAUAAUAGAACUUAUGCUGAUAAACAGGAAAUCUAGUGAUCUCAUUGUUUUGCCAUUAGUCGGCGCCAUUGGUGGUGUUGGGAAGACGACGCUUGCCAGAUUUGUAUACCGUGAUGAAAGAAUUGUAGGUCUUUUUGAUCUUCGAAUGUGGGUUUGUGUGUCCACUGACUUCAGUGAAGUGAGGCUAACACGUGAGAUCCUAGAGCAUGUAUGUGAAGAUAGACAUGAGUAUGAAAAUAUAAGCAAUCCCGAUGUACUGCAGAACAUCCUUUUGAAGAAUAUCAGAAACAAAAGAUUUCUGCUUGUAUUGGACGAUAUGUGGGAAGACAAAGACAGGAGUGGGUGGAUUAAUUUCUUGGCUCCUUUGAAAAGUAAUCAAGCAACUGGUUGCAUGAUUUUAGCAACAACAAGAAGGAAAUCAGUUGCAAAAAUGAUAGGAACAAUGGUUGAGGUCGAAGUGAAUGGUCUCGAUGAUAAGGAGUUCUGGCUUUUCUUCAGAGCAUGUGCAUUUGGUGAUGAGAACUACGAGGGCCGUCCUAGUUUGCAAUCUAUUGGGAAAGAGAUUGCUAAAGCACUAAAAGGCUGCCCACUGGCUGCACGAAGUGUCGGUGCACUUCUAAACACAGAUGUUAGCUAUCAGCAUUGGACGACAGUUCGGGACAAAUGGAAAUCUCUUGAAGAUGCUGAUGAUAUUUUACCCAUCUUGAAGCUCAGUUAUGAUUAUCUUCCAGUCCACCUUCAGCGUUGUUUCUCUUACUGCUCUUUGUUUCCAGAGGAUUACCAAUUUAAAUGGGAAAUUUUGGUCUAUGCUUGGAUAUCACAAAGUUUUGUGCAGUGCGAAGACCCUACGAUGAGAUUGGAGGAAGCAGGGCAGAAAUAUUUGGAUAGAUUAGUGGAUUUGGGCUUCUUCCAAAAGGAUGGCUCAUGCUAUGUUAUGCAUGAUCUAAUGCAUGAAUUGGCAGGGACGGUUUCAUCAAAUGAGUGUGCUACUGUACAUGGAUUGAAACAUGUGGCAAUUCGACCAAGUGUUCGCCAUUUUUCAAUCAUAACAACUGUUUUUGAUAAAGAUGAAUAUGGCAGUCUUCCUAAGGAGAAGUUUGACAAAAUACUUCAGAAGGCUGGGCCUUUGCAAAAAUUAAGGACCUUUAUGUUGUUUGGGCAAAGCAGCAUACAUUUAUUAGGGUCCUUACAUACUUUAUGCAAGAAGGCAAAAUGUUUACGGUUCCUAAGAAUUUGGGUGGCAUUUACUGACAUGAGCUUUAUAAACAGUUUAUUAAAUCUAUGCCAUCUUCGCUAUCUUGUAUGUGUUAGUGUUGUCACCCCGAGUGUUUGGUCAGAUGGAUUCUACACCAACAUUGCAUUUCCUCAAGCAUUGACAAGAUUUUAUCACCUUCAAGUAUUGAAUGUGGGUGUUCAAGGCAACCUUGUUGUGCCUACCGAUAUGCAUAAUCUUGUUAAUUUGCGCCAUCUUAUUUCUCAUGAGAAAGCACAUCAUGCAAUAGCUUGUGUUGGCAACAUGGCGUCUCUUCAGGAACUAAGAUUCAAAGUUCAAAAUGCUGACAGUUUUGAGAUAAGUCAACUUCAGUCCAUGGAUGAGCUUGUACAACUUGAAAUUUCUCAACUUGAAAAUGUGAAGACUAAAGAAGAGGCGAUGGGAGCCAGGCUGUUCGACAAAGAGUAUCUAGAAAUAUUGUCCUUGUCAUGGGAGGAUAACAGCACGAGCCUUCAACCAGAGGCAGCAAAGGACGUGCUUGAAGGUCUCCAACCACAUCAUGAUCUCAAAAGUCUAGAAAUAACAGGAUAUGGUGGUGCUACCUCCCCAACCUGGCUUUCCAGUACUCUCUCAGUCACCUCACUGCAGAUACUUCAUCUAGAGAACUGCAGGGAAUGGAAAAUUCUUCGAUCUAUUGAAAUGCCUUCCCUUAGGAAGCUAACAUUGAUCAGGAUGUUGAAUUUGAUGGAAAUCUCAGUUCCUUCCUUGGAAGAGUUGACCUUGAUUGAUAUGCCAAAAUUGGAAAAAUUUAUUGGUUCUUAUGGAAUGGAAUUGACUUCCAGUCUAAGGGUUUUGAUGAUGAAGAACUGCCCUCAACUGAAUGAGUUCACUCUUUUCCAGAGUUACUCUUCUUUCGAUGCACAGCAGAAGUCAUGGUUUACGCCUCUUGGUAAACUCUCCAUCGGGCAAUGUCCUCGUAUAAUGAACAACUGGCCAAUCCUCCCACUAAGAGAAAUGAGGGCGCUCAAGGAGUUGGAGUUGAUGGACCUGCAUGAUGUCAGAGAAUUAACAGUUCCUUCUCUGGAGAAGUUGGUGUUGAUUAGAAUGCCAAUCCUGGAAUUUUGCAGUAGUCUAACGACUUCUCCACCUCUGCAAUUUUUACCUUCCCAAGGAGAUGAAAAGGAAUGGACAUCGAAUCUCCGUAGACUCACCAUCCAUGAUUGCCCUUGUUUGGUAGUGUCACAUCCUCUUCCACCUUCUGGUCUAAUUACUGAGUUGUCCAUCAGGGGAGUUCCUACACUUCCAACAAUGAGAGUGAUCGAAAGACAAUUCACUAUCGAAUCUAAUGAGUUGAGUGUGCUGGAUGACAGUAUCCUGAUAUUCCAUAACCUUAGGGGCAUAACAUCAUUUGUUAUAGGGCACUGUCCAAAUUUGGCCUCUCUUUCAAGUGAAGCUUUCAGCCAGCUCAUCGCUUUAGAAUGUUUAUAUAUAUUCAACUGCCCUAAUCUGAAUAAGUCAAACAUUAUGUCAGAGGUUCUCCAGGGAAACAGUAGGUCCGCAAGCAGCCUUUUUCUCCCAUCUCUCAAAAAGCUACAGAUUGUAAGAUGCGGCGUAACAGGGGGGUGGCUAACGCAAAUGCUUUCACAUUCGCAGUCCCUUGAGGAGUUGCGAUUAACUGACUGUCCACAGAUAAAGUUUCUAUCAAUCAGACAACCUAGAGAAACGGUAGGUACCAGCAGUUUGGGUUCAGCAGUGAUGACCUCAACGGAAGAUGAACAGGAACUGAAACUGCCUUAUAAUCUCCUCUGUUCUCUCAAGAUAUUAUGGAUUCACGACAUCCUGGAUCUGGAGUUCUGUGGGAAUAACAGAGACUUUGCAGGAUUCACCUCUCUUACGGAGCUAAUGCUUCAUGACUGCCCCAAGCUGGUCUCAUCGUUGAUGGGUGAAACAAAUGAUGAUGGCACAGUGGAAGUUGGAUUACUCCCACCAUCACUUGAAGACCUCAGCAUCCAUCCUCUCCCAGAAAACUUGCAGUCCUUCACUCCUCGAGGCCUUGUCCGCCUCAAAAAGUUAAGUCUAAGUAAUGGCCCAUGUUUGAAGUCUGUACAGCUGCAUUCAUGUACGAUCCUAAAGAAGCUGAAAAUCACAGGGUGUGACCAGCUGGCUAUACUGGAGGGCUUGCAGUAUCUCAGCUCCUUUCUCAGCUUGAAGAUGGAGAUGAAUCCGGAGGUGUCUUGUGCAUGGGAUCUCAAACUGCUGGAGCAAGAACAGGGCGGCAGUCAAAUUCAGCUGUUUCCUUCGUCACUUGAAGAACUUAAGAUCCAGAAGCUCACAGAUAGGGUCCAGUCCCGUCUUCUGUCCCGCCUUCCUGCCAUCACCGAAUUAAAAAUCAAAAACAGUCCAGAAUUGACGUCUCUACAGCUGGGAUGCUGCACGGCACUAAAAGAGUUGGAAAUUGAGCGCUGCAGCUCACUUGCGUCGAUCGAGGGCCUCCAGUUCUGUAGAAACUUGACAUCCUUGAAAGUACUUAACUCCCCUGGCCUGGGAUCCUGUUUGGAGCUUGUGUCGCACCAGCAAGGGGCCUCUGGGAUCUGGUCUGGACUGAAAACUCUUGAGAUUAGUGACGCAUCUGUCCUUUCCACCCCCUUCUGCAAACAGCUCACAUCUCUAACACACCUACAAUUUAGCUAUGGGGGUUUAGUGAGCUUAACAGAGGAACAAGAGACAGCGUUGCAGCUUCUAACCUCACUCCAUGAACUCGAAUUCUCAUGGUGCCAGGGUCUCUUGUCACUUCCUGCAAACCUUCAUAGGCUGACCUCCCUCCAGUCGUUAUCUAUCCAUCAUUGUCAGAGCAUCACAAGGCUGCCAGACAUGGGCCUCCCACAUUCACUCAGGAGACUUGACUUAGGCCGAUGCAGCGAGGAAUUACGUACACAAUGCAGAAUGGCAGCAACAGAGAAGCUAUGGGUCAACAUUUGGUAGUUGAUCUCUCUGCAGACUGCAGCCACCCAAGAUGUUGUACAUAUUUCUGCAUUCGCUCUCACCAGCACAUCAACAGAGAAGCUGCAUGAUGGAUGGAUACAGGACACAUCCAUUUCAGGUGCAGAUUGGCAGUUGGCCAUGUCCAUGAAAAACUGAAGAAUGUACAGCAAAUCAGUCGGUGACGAUCUCGUACGAGAAUUGGGGGCCGACAUCAAUACCGCCUGGCCUCAAACAGUGGUCGGCGGCGGGGACGGGCUACGGACAACGGAAUGCUUUGGUCCGCCUUUGGCUGGGUCAGAAAAAAGCUUCACUUCAACGGCAGCGGACGCAUCCCAGGCAGGAAGCUGAGGCCCUCUCUGCCGCUCGUGCGUGGGAUGUACGCUGCCGCUGCCGCUUGUGCAUUGCCACUGCUUGAGCGCAGCCGCCGCUGGUGCUGCAUCCUGGUGCUUGAGCGCUGCUGCUGCUUGUGUGUUGCUGCUUGUGUGUUGCUACUGUUGCUUCGAUUUUACUCCUAUUUUGGUAUUGCUUACUGCUGGAGAUCUCAAGGUUCUCUUCUGUUAUGAGUC